AUGGCGAACCCACAUCAAGAUGCUGAGCUUGUCCCCGACGACGAGAUCAGAAACGAUGAUAGCGAGGCGGACCUUCAGUCCCUCUAUUCGGAGGUCACCAGUUUGAGAACCUCGAUCUUAGAAAACCGCAUCGAGAAUGGGCGGUCGUAUCACACAUAUAAAGAUGGCAAAUAUGCCUGGCCCAAUGAUGCUGAAGAGAACGAGAGGCUUGACAUGCAAAACGAGAUCUGCUUUCUCACAUUCCACAACAAGUUGGGUUUCGCGCCCCCAUGCGACCCAGACGCCAAAGGAGGCCGAGUUCUUGAUCUGGGAACCGGAACUGGCUUGUGGGCCAUCGAAUACGCUGAUGAGCAUCCCGACGCUGAGGUGCUUGGUGUGGACCUUUCUCCUAUCCAGCCACGAGAUGUUCCUCCCAAUCUGAAGUUUGAGGUCGACGACGUCGAGGAAGAUUGGCUGUACUCACAGAAGUUCGACUACAUCCACCUCCGCUUUCUCAAUGGGUCCAUCGCCGACUGGAAGAAGCUAUUCAAGAAGGCCUACGACUUUACCAAGCCAGGCGGCUACUUCGAGCUUCAAGAGAACGACUUCCUCUUCGCCUCCGACGAUGGUACUCUCUCCCCAGAGAAACCCCUGGCCAAGUUCAGCUCCCUUGUCCGCGAAGCUUGCGUCAAGUUUGGUCGGCAAUUCAUCGACGUGCCUCUGAUGGAGGACAUGAUGAAGGAGGUCGGCUUUCAGGAUGUUGCGCUUCAGCGCUUCAAGUGGCCGUCGAACCCCUGGCCCAAAGACCCUCACUACAAGAAGAUUGGGGAGUGGAACUACCACAACUUUGUGGCCGCUGCAGAAGCUCUGGCUAUGGGACCGCUGACGCGCGCUCAUGGAUACACGAAGGAGGAGGUGGACGUCUUCCUCAUUGACGUGCGCAAGAACAUGAGGGACCCGAAAAUUCACUCCUACCUGACCAUGUAA